AUGAGUGGAGACAACCAAAUUACUAACACACCAACUUACAAGCUUCUGCUUGUUGGAGACUCAUGCGUCGGCAAGACAUCUCUUCUAAUCCGUUUUAAAGAUCGCGUAUUUCUUCGAGGAAGCUACAUUGCAACAAUUGGAAUUGAUUAUAAAACUAGAAUCGUCACCGUAAAUGGUUUGCCUGUACGGCUUCAAAUUUGGGACACGGCCGGUCAAGAGAAAUUCCGAAGUCUGACAAAAACCUACUAUAGAGACUCGCAUGCUGUAAUUUUGGUUUACGACAUCACGAGAGAAGACACACUUGCGCACACCAAAUCAUGGCUGGACGAAAUUAACUCCAAUAUUUUGUCUAAUACGAUAAUUGUUCUGGUGGGAAACAAGUCGGACGAAGAACGACACCGCCGAGUCAGUAAAAAGGAUGGUGAGCGUGUCGCUAAGGAUUCCGGAGUCUUAUAUUGGGAAACGAGCGCAAAGUCGGGAGCCAAUGUGGAUGAAUUAUUCCAUUCACUUGCCGAGCGACUGAUCGGUGUUAAACAGCCCAAUUCACCUCAACAAACGAACACAGUAUACCUGGCUUCAGGUAGUCAAGCUGCAUCAGACGCCUCCUACAACAGAUCUACUUCAAAACACACAUUUCCAUUUGAUUACCGAUGUUGUAGAUAA